UGUGGCGAACGGUUCCCAACGAAGACUCGCUUACGAAUUCACGAACUACAUGCGAUCUGCGGCGGUGAGGGACGGCCACACGUGUGUCCACACACGACAUGCGACCGUGCCUUCAAAUCCACAAGUCAUCUAACGGAACACAUCCGAGCCAUCCAUUCCAGUGAUAAACCAUAUGAAUGCGAAAACUGUGGCAAACGAUGGUCUGUCGUGUGUACGGCUCCCGGAUGUGAACGAGUGUACAAAACCAAGCGGUCGAUGAAUGAGCACCGAUUGAAAGUGCAUUCGGGCGACCCAUACGAGUGCAAGCAUUUCCAGUGCGGACAGCGAUUUGAUAACAAAGAACUUUUCGAUGAACACUCGAAGACUCAUUCCGACGAUAGUAUGAGUUGCGGUCGACUAGUGAGUGAAAAGCGGACCACUUAUAGGAAAUUAGUUAAUAAAUCACACAAAAACAUAACGUAUGAAAAGGUGUCGAAGAAUGUGGCCGAAGACACGAAGGGCGACACCACUGAUGACAACGAUAUGAGUGACAGCAAAGAGGCGGCCGCCGAACGUAGCGAUACGUAUUACUACCCGUUUGUCUGCACUCACGAGUCGUGUGGCCAAAAGUUUAACACCGAAAUGAAUUUCAACCGACACUUAGAAGCGGUUCACUUACAACAGCGGCCAUACGUUUGCGAUUACAAAGGGUGCGGACAAGCGUUUCUCACCCGUCAGUGGCUCGAGACCCAUACCAGACGGCACACUGGACUCAGUAAACGGCGCCCAAACGCUACAGCCAACCCAUACCUGUGCCCACACGUUGGGUGCGGCAAACGGUUCCCAAACGAGUCGGCAGUGCGAACACACGUGAAACUAUCGCACGAGCGGCCGAGCAUCGCGUGCGCAGUCCAGGGGUGCGACAAAUUGUUUCCGAUUACGGCCCAAAUGAAUAAACACGUGAGGAGAGUGCACGAGAAGCGAGCGCCCGCCUAUCAGUACAAGCGAUGCGUGCCAUACCUGUGCCCUGAGUGCGACCGCCAGUUUGACACACCCAGCAAACUGAAAGUGCACCGGUAUCAGGUGCACCCCAAACAGAUCUACCGGUGCGAGUGGCCCGGCUGUCAGUACAAGGCCAACAUUAACUACGCGCUCACCGCGCAUAUGGUGUCGCACAGCACGGAGCGGCCCCACCCCUGCGAAUGGCCCGGUUGUGACUAUCGGGCCAAAGAUAAGGUGGGGCUGGACUCUCACCGAGUGGUGCACAGUUCGGUGGACUACCCGUGCGAUUGGCCCGGAUGUGAGUUCCGCUCCAAGUAUAAGGAGUAUCUCGAGAAGCAUAAGUUUGUCCACCAGUCGGAGGGGACCCUACAGUGCGAUUGGCCUGAAUGUGGCAAAUGGUUUAAGAGAGACCAGUAUUUGCGCCGACAUAUGCGCAGCCAUAUCGGGACUAUACGCCACUGUCAUUACGCCGGCUGUGACUUCAAGACUAAGAAUUAUGAUUGGUUUAGUAAACACCUGAGAGUAAAGCAUCGCAAAUAA